AGCUCGCAGUCUCGCACACACAUUAGAGCAUUUGCGACAAUUGCGUAUGUACCUAUACGUGUGUAAAAUAGUAGAUAAUCUUUUUAAUUUAUUAUACCUACUGUAGACUAGCCUAUAAUUAUUUAACAGUGAGGGUGUUUGCGCGUGCGCGUUCGAAGCCCGGUUCGUCGGGACGACGUAAUUGUAGUACGGAACGUCGCGAACUCGCGAUAAUUCGCAUUGAUUCCGACAGACGGCCGUACACUUCACGAUAGUCUCCGAUCUCCACGGUCCACAGUCCACAGACUAGUCUGUGACCGACGUACGACGUGCACCGAAGUCGUGUUUGCACUUGGACUUGGCAAUUAGCAACGCCGCCGUUGCCGUUGUCGCGGUACACCGGUGGUACCCGCGAUAGCCGCUCGACGUGGUACGCCGAAAUUACCGGCGACCAAAGCUCUUUAGUAGCCGCCAUGACAACUACUUACCUAGACCUUGGCCCGUUCUGUUUUUCGUUGCGCUCCGAGAAAGUGGUCGAAGUGCUGUACAGACGGACCGACAAGUUCCAGUCGACCAUCAGCAUGUUGUGCAGCCGCUUCGUGGCCAACAUCAGAGAUCCCGAUAACUCAAAUGAUGAAAUUAUAGAAAACGAUAAAUAUAGUGAUGAAGAAUUUGAUUUACAUUCAGAUAAAUAUAAAUUAGGCACUACAAUUGUUGAAAAUGAGCCAUGUUAUUAUAAAAUGAAUUUAUAUGAUAAAGGAGUACACAAAGUUAAUGCAGCUCUUAAGGAUAUAGGUUUGAAAGUGGGUAAUUCGAAUUCUAGACAAUAUAAUAUGGAGCCGUUACAGAUAUAUUAUCAUAAGAAUAAUAUAGCCAAUUACAUUCAAAAUAGAAAUUAUUAUUCACCAAAAUCAAAUAGUUCAAUAGGUAGUCCAGAUAAAUAUUAUUGCGAAGACAGUGAUUACAAGUCAUUUUCUUCUAAUUUGUCUUCAGAAAGGAAAUUUUACAUCGAUUUUGAUGAAAAUAGAAAUUAUUAUCAAGAUCGACCAACAACUCCUAAAAGUACUGCAUAUAUUCACAAAGAAAAAAGAUAUUCUCAUAGGCCUUGUAAUUGGAAAAGAUUUUCCAAUAGAUACUGGACAAUGAGGCAUAUGUUAUUUUCAAAAUUUGAACAUGGUAUUCUACUAGACGAUGAAAGCUUUUAUUCUGUCUGUCCAGAAAUAUUAAGUUACCAUAUAGCAAAACGUUGUAAAAAUGACAUUGCCUUGGACCCUUUUUGUGGGGCCGGUGGGAAUAUAAUUCAAUUAGCAUUUACAUCCAAUUUAGUUAUAGCAGUUGAUAUAGAUCCGUAUAAAAUAAAACUAGCACGAAACAAUGCCGAGAUAUAUGGUGUAGCUGAUAAAAUUGAAUUUAUAGUUGGUAAUUUCUUUGAAAUUUGUUCAAUGUUAAAGGCUGAUGUUAUUUGCAUGUCACCCCCAUGGGGUGGUCCAGAAUAUGUGAUCAAUGAUAGCUUUAGUAUUGCAUCCAUGUGUAAAAAUUAUAGAUUUGGUGGUUUUACUAUUUUUGAUAUUGUUAAAAAUAUUUCACCAAGUAUUGCAUUUCAUAUGCCCAAAACCACAAAUAUAUUUGAAUGUUUAUGGUUAGCAAGAUUUUUAGGGAAAGUGGAAAUACAGCAGAAUAUUAUCAACCACAAGCUGAAUUCCAUUACAGCAUUUUAUGGAGACUUUAUCGAUUUAACUAGUAACGACUAUUAAAAAAUAUAUAUAAACUUAUUUGA